AUGGACGUGGACGUGUACUUCUACGACGAGGCUGAAUCUAAGGAAUUUCCUGUCGCACGAUUUGCCACUGGCAUCGGUGAAGCUGAUCGAAGAGGAGGAAUUAAAAUCACGCUCGACAGAGGUGUCGUCGGCGAUGUGACGUUUUCUUUCUCCUACAGCGUUUCUGCCAUUCACGAAAGUAAGCAAUUUUGCUCUGGCAACAAUUUAAAUUCUCUAUUCUUAACAAGGUAAUA